GCCGAGGCAGGCGGUGCCGAGCAGCCCCACAGGCACCGGGACGGAGACAGCGAGGAGCCGAACAGGAUGGAGCCCACUUGGGAGCUGGCAGAUGACCCCAGGUUCUCCCGCCCUUUGGUGGAGAUGCUGAUCAGGAACUUCAGCGUGCCGGCCGCCUGCUUCUCCCUGCCGCCCACCUCCCAGCAUCUGCUGCACCAGCUGGACAUGGCCCAACUCAUCAUCCUGGGCCUCUGCACCUUCAUGACGUUGCUGUCGGUUGUGAUCUAUGUGGAAGAGGUUUCGUACCUCUUCCGCAAGAUCCGCUGCCCUAUCAAGAUGAAGACCCUCUGCUGGAGCAGCUCAGCCCCUACGGUUGUGUCAGUGAUCAGCUGCUUUGGACUGUGGUUCCCGCGCUCCAUGAUGGUGGUGGAGAUGGCAACCACGGCGUACUUUGCUGUCUGCUUCUACCUGCUGAUGAUGGUCAUGGUGGAGGGCUUUGGGGGGAAGGAAGCACUGCUCAGCACCCUGAAGGAUGUGCCCAUGGUGGUCAGCACUGGGCCCUGCUGCUGCUGCUGUCCCUGCCUGCCCAAAAUCACCAUGAGCAGGAAAAAGCUUAAAUUGAUGAUCCUGGGGACUUUCCAGUACGCUUUCUUCAAGGCAGUCGCUGUCUUCCUGGGGCUGGUCCUGGCCACCGAUGGGAAUUACAACCCUGCUGACAUUUCAGAGCAGAGCGUGGCCCUCUGGAUCAACACCUUGAUUGGUGCCUCCGCCCUCUUUGGGCUGUGGGGCCUGGGCAUCCUCUUCCGGCAGGCCCGGCUGCACCUGGCUGAGCAGAACAUGCAGGCCAAGUUCACCUGUUUCCAGAUCCUGCUCCUCCUGACGGCGCUCCAGCCUGCCAUCUUCAGCAUCCUGGCCAACAACGGCAGCAUUGCCUGCUCGCCGCCCUUCUCCUCCAAGGCCAGGUCCCAGCAGAUGAACGUGCAGCUGCUGAUCCCGCAGACCUUCAUCCUGGCGGUGCUGACACGGAUGUACUACCGCAAGCAGGACGACAAACCGGGCUACCAGCCUGUCAGCUUCGCACCCACAGGCGCCGACACCAAGGCGUGAGCAGGAGGGACAAACUGGGGUGCCAAGGGCAGAGUGGGGUGAGGGGUUGGUCUACCCUGCACAACCUUCUCCUCCUCCACUGGCCAUGGGGAGCCGCUGGCAGCAGCAGAGGCAGGAGGGGAAAGAGCAUCUUGGGACAGAAUGAAAGGUCUGAAACCUAAAAGCCAUAAGCCAAGGGGGUCCAUGGAGCCACCUCCAGCCCAGGGGCUCUUGUCUAGCACUGAGUAAAGAAAUAUUUACAAGAGUCUCGC